UUCUUUCUUUUCUCGGUGGGAGUGUCUAUGCAAAUCACAACCUGUCUGAGCACAAACUCCCCUGGCCUAAAAACGUCCCUCCCCGCACAUGUCGUCCGUCAGUCAGAAUAGGACGAGCUGCCUGUCGGUAUGUUACAGACAGACUCCUGAGCUGACUCUCAGUAUCUAGUCUCAGUCUCUCGACCCAGCAACCUGAAGGAAGGAGAGUCUGCGUUCACGAGUUUAAUGUGAGGAUCGACAUGCCACCUAACAUGGAUUACUUUUACCACGAGUCCCGAGUCCCUUCCGCUUGCGGGCUGACCCGGGAAGAUGAGCUGGAGCCCGGUGUCAUCAGCUGUAUGCUGGUCGGAGACGGAGCCGUCGGGAAGACCAGCAUGAUAGUCAGCUACACCUCCAAUGGAUACCCGACCGAAUAUCAACAGACCGGCUUUGACGUCUUCUCCGGUCAGGUCCAGGUAGAAGGCUCUCCAGUCAAAGUUCAGCUUCUGGACACUGCUGGACAGGAGGAAUUUGAUGAAUUUAGAGCUCUCUCCUAUGCCCACACGGACGUCUUUCUCCUGUGCUUCAGCGUGGUCAACCCCACCUCAUUUCACAACAUCACCAAGAAGUGGGUUUCAGAGAUCCGGGCGUAUAACCCGUCCUCACCCAUCGUCCUCGUUGGGACACAGUCGGACCUUUUGCUGGAUGUGAACGUCCUCAUCAACCUAGACAGAUCUAAUGUCAAACCAGUUCUGAGCUCACGGGCUCGGAGUAUGGCAGAGAAGAUCAGGGCUACAGACUAUAUAGAGUGUUCAUCACUCACGCAGAAGAACUUAAAGGAGGCGUUUGAUGCGGCCAUCCUCGCCGCCAUUAAGAACAAAACCCGGAAGACCAAGAAGAGGAGGUUUUCCGACAGGCGCACUAAAGCUUUCUCGAGGUGUAGCUGGAAGAAGUUCUUCUGCUUCAUCUGAACUCAUGAACAGACUGCGAACCCUGUGGGUUGGGAACAAAAAAACUCUUAACUUAUUUAAAUCCUUUAUUUUCGCUUGAUGUCGUCACUCAGAUCUGUGGCAUCCUUCCCUGUUUAAGUAUUUGGCUUAUUUUACUCUGGGAUGCCAAAUGGUGCGCAGUAAGCAUCGGGGAACUAACAUCUGUGGAGACGGCAGAGAGGAUUCUGGGUCACUCUAGGUCUGGUUUCACACCUCAGCAGACUGAUUAAGGACUGUAGUGUUGUUUACACUAUAUUCAAAUGUUUGACUGUUACAGGGCAAAAGGAAAAUUCUCACAUUAAAAUCAAAGUGUGUGCAUGCUUUUGUGUGUAUGCAUCACUGGUGAGCCACUUAAGAGAAAGGGGAAGUGAACUGAGAGUAAAACGAGGCGAACAUAUAUAGUCGAUCAACAUACAGCCACAGAGUGAAAGGACUGGGCACCAUGUAAAUGCUGUGAAUUUGCAUGGUGUGUUUUGCUACCAGCUGCAGCCUUGUUAAUGACACAGAGAGAGAGAGAAACAGAAAGUGUCGGGGCAGUGUUUGAGCAGAUGGGCGUUAGCCACUUCUGUGUUGUGCUCUCGCCGUCCGGCUACAGCAGCCUAUUUAUAUGCGGCAGCUGCAAGUUCAGGUUGCAGUGCCAGGUGCCACAUUCUUACCUGUGUGUGAAAGCUUCCCUGGCUGGUUUGGCUUGAUAUUCUCAAGUCUUCCAAGUUAAUCAACUGACAAUCUUAUCACACCUGACGUUUAUGUUUAAUCGUUAAAGCCGACCGAUGUGAGAAAGACACACAGCAGGGCGAUUUGUUUGUGACAAAUCAGAAACAAAUGUAUGUCCUCUUGCCUUAAUUCUCAGACUGGCACAGGAACUUGUUUGAAAAUCCCCCUUGUCUCAGUUGAAUGGUUGCAUGGGAGCGGUAACCAGCGGUAACCUUUGGCUUUUUGUCCCAGUCUCCCAUCAAUCUGCAUCUGUGAAAGCAAACUCUGCAGGAGACUUAACUUCCACCCUACAGAUCCACCCACCACCACCAUCAACCGGCUUUUUUUAUUCGCCUCUCUUUGUUUAUAUGCUCAAUACACGCCUCAAUAGUAACCCAGUGUGUUCAGAGUUAGAGAAUGCUAAACUGCCUCUGUUUGAAUGUAAGUGUAAAAUAAUAUACUUUUUUUCUGAGGGAUAUACAAGUGUAAAUAAGUGACCAGAGCCAGGGAUAGGCUUUACUAUGCUUCUUGUGGAAGUCAGUCUAAAGUAUAUGAUAUUCUGUUUGUUAAAACAGGUCAUUUGUCGUGUUUAUGUAUAUUAAAUAUGAAAAAAGACAUGGAUUUUAAAUGCAUUGAUUUUGUACCCCACAAACAUUCUGUAUCAGUUCACCAUCUCCUUGUCUAACCCGUGUGUCUUUUUUACAUGCGGGAGUGAUGUGAUGCAAAUAAAUGAAGUGCAAAUUAUA